GCAAGCGGCCGAGCGAGCGUCUGCUAAGACUCUUGAUAAUAACUCUUAUAGAAACAAGAAACGUUAGGCAAUUCGUAGUAGUUAAACAAACUUUAGCUGUGGAACGGGCCAGACAAUAGCAACGGAAAGCAACACAGGUGGUGCAUGCGAAGUGUUCAACGUGAGAUAAUAAUAAAAAAAAAACUACUAGCGGAUUAAAGGUGAAAUGAAAAAGAUGCCAACGAACCACAUUAACUUGCCAUCGUGGUAGUGAGAGAUCACUCCAUUAAACUGAAGCAUUAGCCGUACUCCCAAUUAAAAUGUCAAUGAAUAAUUUAACCGUUGACGGUGAAUUCCGUUACAUUAUACAAUGGUUUAACGAGUUCAGUGAAUUGCAAAGAGACGACUUUAUACCCAUAAUGGUUGACUACAUAACGGACACUAGCCAUGCAGCCACCAUUGAUCCAACAGCUGCAGCAACAAUAACUAUGAAUGGUUUACCAAAUAGCAUGGAGCGCUCAUUAAAUCUAAACGAGAAACCAAUGUCUUUAUUUCAAUGUCGGGUAAAACUUUUCAGCCAAUGGAAUCGCAGAUGGCCCGCAGACUUUAAAGACAAAUUGCAACAGAAAAUAAAAGAAAUCGAUAAUAAAAUUGGAGAAAGAAUUCAAGAAGCUGUGAAUGCAAAAUACAAUGGAUGUGGAAGUCUUACAAAUGGUUAUGCCGGAACAAAUGAUGACGAUCUGCAUCAUUAUGAAUGCAAUGAAUUUAUGACACAAGACCAACAGCAGAAGCAGCAGCCGCAAUCACAACUAAAUUCAAUCGGAAGCCAGGCAAAAGAUGAUCAACCAACACAACAUGACAUAGUGGUGGUAACAAACACUGUGACACUGAAUGACCCCAUGCGAGAGGUUUUAAGCAAUGAAACAUCUGUUGAUGACAUUGAACUAAACGAACAACAACAAGUGAAUAUUAAUAGAGUGGAAGUGAAUAAUGACAAUGUUGCACAUGGCAUUAACGAAGAUGGCAACAGCUCUCCCCUUGCUCUUCGAGAACCAGUCGAUCAGGUUGGGCAAAUGCGAAAUUUACAAAUAAACGAAGACGGUCAUGAAGAUGUUACAGCAUCACCAUCCGUAUCUUCAGCAGUGCAACAACAGCCGACCCAUACUACAGCCCAAACAACAACGGUUUCACCGGUCACAGUUACAGUUAGCCCAGUAGUUGUUGUAGCUGCAGCACAAUCAAUGGCCACGAAUGCAGAAGUUCCUCUAGUAGUUUAAAGUCAUACACAAACUUGAUAUCAUACUGGUUGUGGUCGUUGGAUAGAUAGAACAGCAGCAUCACACAAGAAGAAAGCAAAAAAUAAAAAAAGAGAAACGUCACAUCAACAUUACCAUCAUCAUCGACUUCUACAAACCAACGGCGUUAAUGAUGAUUAUCAACAUCUUCAGUAAUCCGUAACAGAUCAUACAUGUCUAACUACAAAUGUUUGUAACUCUUCUUUUUAUGCAAGGACGCACACAUACCCACAUCAUACAUUCCAAUUAACCAAGCACACAUUUAAAACAUGUAUUUAAGUUAUGUUUAAAUACAAAACAAUAUCCAAUUAACUAUUGGCUUCUUAAGCAGUGAAUAAGAAAACAAGUAACAAAAUAGAAAUAAUAAAGAAAAACUCCAGUUGGUGAAAUCUCA